AUGACCCCGGGUCGGGAGACCGAACGGAUCCCGUCGAUCUUCGUUCGGCCUCUACGUCCUCUCCCUGCCCCGCCUGCCCCUGGUCCGGCAGCGUCGUUGCGCCCUUCUCCCACUUGCCCCAAGCUACUGACUCCUCCGCCCGCUCAUCUCGCCUCAACCUCCCCCACUGACGACGACGAUGGCAGGGGCCCGCCCUCUCACUCUCCCGCCCUCUCCCUUCCUCCCUUCUCGCGCGGCGUCGACACCGCCCCCCUCCCUUCCACCGCAACGAAUCCGCCCAAGCUCGCGCGGCCCAAAGGCAAGUCGGGAAAGAGAGCGACGGCAUGCAGAGAUUGCCAUGCCCGAAAGCAGAAAUGCUCCCAAGGCACUCCCUGCUCCCACUGCCAUCGCCGAGGAACAAACUGCACCUACCCGGCCCACCACUCCGAGGCCGCGCCGGGCGUCAGAGUGCUGCUUCUCUCUCUGCUGCCGCAACCUCUCGAUCGACCCGACCGACCCGACCCAAAGGGUAAGGGUGAUCUCGCCCAUACCUCCCUCCCUCCUCCCUCCACCCCUCUCCCCCAUGGCCCCAAGGCGCCACAACGCCUUCGCCUUCUCGUCCAUCCCCUCGAGUCCCUGACUACCCAACUCCGCGGUCAGAUCCUCCCCAUCCCGACUCGGCAGGAACGGACAGCUUCUCCAGAGGCUCUCGGACAGCCUCUCCAGAAGCGCCGGAACGCUUCUCCAGAGGCGCUCGGUUCCCCCUUUGUAGAGGCGGCGGUCUUACCCUUCAUGGGUCGCGACACCAGGCCAGACCAGACCCGGACGUCGGUAGCGGGCGGUCAUAUCGGAUAUCAGCCUCCAGCCCCCAUACCCCAUCCCUCAUACCCCUCGACCCCCCCUUCCCAUUCCCCUAUCGCACCUUCGCGAGCGCGUCCGCAGGCGGCAGACAUGUCAAGCCGAUUCCGACUCCAUCCAACCCUAAUACUCGACUCGCCUGAAGUGCGUGCGGCUUGUCCUUCACGGGCACGCAAGUGCGAUGACGCGCCGGCGCCGUGUCGAUCCCAUUCCCCUACAGGGCCGCGAUUCUGA